CACUCGCUCGCACCCACCCAAAGCGAAACGAGAAGGCCAACGAACACCGCACGCGCGCGCGCGCACGGAAUCACAUCACACAGACAGAAGCAGUGCAAAGAGAAGACAGGACAAAGAAAACCGGAGCAGGAAAAAAAAACAUCGCGAACACCACCACCCAAAAGGGGAAAAGAGAGGGGAGCGCGAGCGUGAGAGAAGCGGAGCUAGGGUUUCGAUUCCGCCAUGGACGCCGGCGACGCGUGGGGCCGCUCCUCCUCCUCCUCCUCCUCCGCCGCAAGGCGCCUGCAGUCCCGCUACGAUCUGUACAUGGGGUUCGACGAGGCGGACGCCGGCGGGGAGGAGGUGGAGGCGCGCGGCGCGGAGGCCUACAACUGCCCCUUUUGUGGCGAGGACUUCGACUUCGUCGGGCUGUGCUGCCACAUCGACGACGAGCACGCCGUCGAAGCCAAGAGUGGGGUAUGCCCCAUCUGUGCUACAAGGGUUGGGAUGGACUUGAUAGGUCACCUGACAAUGCAGCAUGGAAGUUACUUCAAGAUGCAACGCAGGCGCAGAGUCCGAAAAGUAUCAUCUGGGUCCCAUUCUUUGCUGUCUUUGUUGAGAAAGGAUUUAAGAGACGGCAAUUUAGAGUCCUUUCUUGGUGGAUCAUCCUAUGUAUCUAAUCCUCCUGCUGCAGCCCCAGAUCCAUUUUUGUCGUCUUUAAUUUGUAGUUUGCCUGUGGCUGAACCAUCAAAAGAUUUUCAUUCCGACUCAUCUGACAAAACCUUUUUGCUAAAUAAAUUCCCAGAUGAAAAGACUGUAGAGAGGUAUGUCACCUCAAGCUUUGUUCUUUCUGCCGCCUCACUCCACCCCCUCUUUGCCACGAUACUACUGUAUCUGAUUACUCAAUCCCUUUUCUGAUGUUAAGAUGUGCUUUGCUUUAUUUAGGUACAUUAUUAUGUCUGUGUUUAGCAUCAGUUGGUUUUUACGGCACUCUAUUUAGCAUCAGUUGAUUGUUAAACAAUUAGUCUUAUCUAAUCAAGUGCCAUAUCUGUGGUAAUACUUUAUCCAUCUAUUUGUCAGAUCUUAAUGAUCGAUAUCAUGGGCCUUAUGGUUUUACGGACAUGCUACCCAUUGGAUUAAUUGUUGUUGCAAAUUUGCAUGCCGGAGUACAUGUGUGAAUGCUUUUUUUAGAGAGCCAGAAGCAUGAAAUGGACCAAUCCAUUGCUGCACAGCAAGUUGUCUGCAUUAUUGUUUAGCCUCAUAUGGGGAGCUUUCAAUGCUCUUCUAAACUGACAUUUUAAAUUUCUGAGUUUGCAGAAAGGUCGAACCUUUUGAAUUUUGAAAUGUGCUCCCUCUGUUUCAGAUUAUAAGACGUCUUCGCAAGCUAAAAAUAGCCUGCCAAAACGUCUUAUAAUAUGGAACAGACUCUGUAGUUUAAUUCUUCUUCCUGUAUAGUAACCUCUUUAGUGUCCAAUGGUUGAUGAAACAUCUGUGGUGAAUUUACAGAGCUGAAACUUUAAUUCUUCUUCCUGUAUAGUAACCUCUUUAGUGUCCAAUGGUUGAUGAAACAUCUGUGGUGAAUUUACAGAGCUGAAACAUCUCUGUCUGAGAAGGAUCAGAAAGAGAGGGUUCAAAGGAGCGAAUUUGCCCGUGGGCUUGUACUCUCGACUAUAUUUGAUGAGGAUAGCUUGUAAGGGGAGAUCGACCUUGCAAGUGGCUACCAUACUUAAGGGCACAAACAACAAGAGAAUUAUCUGCACUGCUGAAACCUUGUUCAUGCUGCUGCUGCGGCUCACAAGCCUUCGUGAUCAACUGGAGGUCCAUCCAGUUAUGUGUAUGUAUGUAAUCAUGUAUGUUUAUCCCUCUCCAUUGCCCAGAGUUGCAAUGGGAGAGUUGAGGAGGAAGGUCUUGUAUUGCAGCUUUCCAUAUGAAUAAAUGAGGACAGUCCUUGUAGUGGCAUUGUGCAUAUACACCGAGGGAGCUGCUCGCCUUGUAGGAUAUUAUGUCUCAUCAAUGUAAUAAUACACUGUUGUAUUUGCAUCUCAUCCUAUUCUUAUAUGAAACUGUUGUUCUGAUGUAUUUCGCUUGUGGCACAUUGGACUGAAAUGGAAUGGAGGGAAUUUAACAUUUA